CAAACCUUCCACCAUCUCAGCCCACCCACAUCCUCUCCCGUCAACAUGUUCCACUCCACCCUCCUCUCCCUCUCCGCCCUCCUAGCCCUCUCCGCCGCCGCACCCCUCACACCCCGCCAAACCGUCUCCUGCGUCUCCGGCCUCUACAUCCUCGUAGCCCGCGGCUCAGGCCAGGCAGCAGGCGAAGGCUCCGUCGCCACAGUCGCCGACAUGAUCGAAGCUCGCGUCCCGAACUCUCUCAGCGACGCCGUCGUGUACCCCGCCACGUUCGAAAACUACUUCGGUUCCGUGAACGAGGGCAUUGACAACGCGAAGUCGAAAAUCCGCUCGUACGUCGACCAGUGCGGGGAGUCCAGCAGGAUCGCUCUGGUGGGAUUCUCGCAGGGCGCGCAUGUUAUGACUGAUACCAUGGCGGGGGGAACUUUGACGCAGGGGCCGAUUGAGGAUGAGUACGCUCAGUAUAUCAAAGCCAUCGUCGCCUUCGGUGACCCGCGCUAUGUGGACGACCAGUCCUACAAUGUCGGCACUGCGGACAACGAUGGUAUUUUCGCUCGAACCGAUAGUCUGCCGAGACUGAAUCGUUAUGCUGGCAUCUUGAGGAGUUAUUGCGAUCGUGGCGAUCCGAUUUGUGCGAGGGGGUUGCUGGCUGAUGUGCACUCGAAUGAGCCGAGGAAGUAUGCCACGCAGGCGGCGGAGUUUGUGGCUGGGCUGGUGGAUUAGAUGGUGGUAGU